AUGAUCCCUGAAACGAUAUCCGACGAAAUCACCGACACCUCGCUGGAGAAGAAAGUUGGCGGCGAUGUCGAGCUUGAAGCCGAACCCCCUCGGCCCAAAUCGCUCAAGUUCAAGCUCACCGUGCAAUUCCUGGCCAUCGUCACGCUCAUCGCUUCCAUGGAUGCGGUUAUUGUAGGCUCGUGCCUAGUAGCAAUUGCGGAAGACCUGCAGAGUAGCAGCGUGGAAUCCUUUUGGGUGGGUACCUCGUUCCUGCUGGCUCAGACCGUCACCAUUCCUCCGUACGGUACUACUAGCGAGAUAUUCAGUCGCAAGGGGCCUAUUAUCAUCGCAACAGCCAUCUUUACAUUCGGCAGUAUCCUCUGCGCAACCGCCCAAAAUGGCGGCUGGCUGAUCGGAGCCCGAGUGGUUCAAGGCAUCGGAGCCGGUGGCAUGAUCCAGCUGGUGCAAGUCAUCCUCUCCGACAUUUCAACAACGGGCAAAACCCCCCCGCAACCGAGGCUGGAAAGCCAUGUUGCCGAGAUCGCAUAUCAGAUGAUCCGGAAGUUUCCUUCGCCAGUUCAGCAUGAAUAUCGAUGGGUGUACGCGCGGAUUCUGACCACGAUGUGGUAUGUGAUGAUGGGAUUGUCGAUCGUUGGAUUUGUGGUCAGUCUAAUUGCCAGGAACGACGAAAUCAAGGGUGGCUUGUCCGGGACGCAGAACUUCCAGGAUGGAACGAAGCCGGCAGACGAGGAAGCAAGGGAGGGGCCGGAGACAUGCGGCUGA